UUGGGUUCCUAACGCUAUAUUGCCACAAGAGUCAGAUUUCAUGAGUUCUAUCACAGCAAAACAAAAAUGGACGACAAAAAGAUAUUUUGGCAAAAAAUGGCUUCGGUUUUAAAGUGCACGAUUCCUGAACACAUCAAAAAUGUGGUCGAGAGAACGGGGUUCGUCAACCCGGCUCUGGAGGAUCUCAACAGCGAUGGGCUAAAUCUGAUCGAGAUAAACAUCCGUACGCUUCCGGAAGCAACCAGGUUUCCAACGGACCCGCAAUUACAAAAGUAUCUGGAUUGUUAUACUCAGGACAUAAGGGAUUUCCGAUUGAUGGCCGGCGAGCGCGCUUUGCUCCUUAAAAUGGCGCAAGCAGUCAAGCGUAAGGGCUGGUCCUAUUUUACGCAAAGGCCGUCGGAAAAGCGAGUCGCCUGUUCCGAUCAGCUCAGUAGAACCAAAGACGAAGAAUCUUUGCGGCUUCGGAUUUUGGACUACUACAUGCAAAGGUAAGAAUAGAAAAAUUAUCCCACCAUUUUGUCAUUCGAUGACAAAUCGUUAAUAUCCGACAAAUUUAAAACCUCUCAGGAAUGUUUCGACAGGUAGAACAAUUUUAUUGUUAGCAAUUGAUUGCAUGCAAUUUCGGACUAUCCCCUUACAUAUCAAAUUCCCUUUAAUUAGUCUACUUUGGUAUUAAGUUACGAUGUGAUUUGUCUGGUUACGCUGAAAUCUAAUGACCCCGACGGAAGCCGAGCUGCUCGUCCAGCAGGAUGUUGUUUACCUCGACGUGGGCAAGGAGGCGGCGGUAGAUCAGCUUCUCAAACAGCUUGCCUAGGGAAGACACCAAGCUGAUGGGCCGAUAGCUGGUCGGGGUAGACGGAUACUUGCCGGGCUUGAGUAUUGGGACUACUUUAGCCCGCUUCCAGGCAGUCGGGAAGUAUCCCAGCUCCAGGCAGCGAUUGAAGAUGGUCACAAGAAUGGUUCACGCUUUUCCC